AUGAAACUUCUGUCUCUUGCGGAUGGUUUCUUCUUACUCAAAUUCUCGACAGAGGAAGAUCUCGAAUCGGUUUUAUCAGGAGGACCUUGGUUCCUUCUCGGAAAGCCGUUCAUCCUUCAGCGAUGGUCUCCAAAAUUCAAGCCCAAAUGCGACGAGGAUGCCCCGAUUCCGGUAUGGAUAAAAAUAGUAGACUUCCCCCUGGCUCUCUGGACGCCAACUGGUAUUUCUAAAAUCUCCAGUUAUAUUGGUAUUGCUAUUUCUGUUGAUGCGCUUACUGCAAAUCGUUCUAGAUUAACGUUUGCUCGGAUUUGCAUUCUAAUCUCUAAAGAUUCGCCUUUACCGGAUGAAAUUCCGAUUGAAAUUGAAGGAGAAGAUUUAACUUUAAAAGUUUUAUAUGACUGGAAGCCUGACAAAUGUGAAGGUUGCGGGUCUUUGAUACACCCUUUUUCCCUUUGUCCCAAAAACCCAAAUCCUAAGCCAAUACUUCCUCCACAACCUCCGAAAAGACGUGGUCGGAGUACUUCGAGGCCGCCGCACAAUCGACCAUCCUCUUCUCAGACUACUGCUCACGUUCCACCUUCAAAAUCCACUAUCCCCCUCCUGAUCAGCGAUCCUUCUCUUGCUCUGUUAUCAACUCCGAUUCCUGUGGACCAGUCGUUGGCUGAACAACCAUUGCAAAAUCAAAUCUCUGCCUCCAAUAAUCUCCAGCCGGUUAUAGACCCUCUCAAAACUAACCCGACCACUUCUCCAGCUAAAACAGUCCUUCUUCCUAACCUCAACUCUCCUACUGAAGAAACCUCUUCUUCCAGUCUUCCUUCCUCACCAGUCCUAAAUCAACCUCAUAAAAUCCCCCUCUUAAACAAGUUUGCUUCUUUGCAAACUGAAUAUCACAUUAAUCCUGAAUCCUCUGAGGCACUUUCCGGAAAAGAAAAUACAUCCACCUCUAAUGCUGAUGAUGACCCCUCCCUCACAUCCAUGAAUCAGAUUCUCUCUGAAUCUUCUAUUCAUAAUACUAGAUCCUCGGUUGAUAGAGGAAAAUCUCCCAUAAAGUCAAAGCCACCAAAGCCUCCAAAAGCUAAAUCGGCCAAGAAGGCCAAAGGUCAAAAAUCGUAA